CUCACGCCUUCACCGCGAACCACCAUACCUUGCCUUCGACCCUCAGCACCAAACACCAGCAGCCAUCGUCGUGGCCCAAUUCCUUCAUGUCUCCUCACCUUCACUCAAGCCUUUAUUCUCGGCUAUCACCGCGCUGUCCACGAGCCAUUCUUCUUAG